GUCGGGGAACUCCGGGGCGAGAAGGGAGCACGGACUAGCCUAGGGUCUCACCGCAAGCCCGCCGACUCCAGGCCAGUCCGGGCUCUAACCACACCCUGGGCCCAGCCGCCCCACCCCGGGGCGGGGAGCUAGGUGCACUUCCGCCCGCCCCAAGUACCUGCAUGUGGCGGGCUUGGGCGGGACGCGUCAGCGGCGACGGGCUGCACAGUGCCAGCUGCCUGUGGGACCAGACGAUGAACCUGACCGCGGCGUCCCGCUCUGUGCGGCCAGCCAGGGCCGUGUCCCCUGCGGGCCCGCCGGGGCUAUCUCCCGUCGUAGAGCUGAACGUGGGGGGCGAGUUCUACACCACCACCGUGGGCACCCUGAGAAAACUCCCAGGUUCAAAGCUGGCAGAGAUGUUCUCCAGCUCAGCCAAGGCCUGCAUAGAUGCGGAGGGCCGCUUCUUCAUCGAUCGCCCCGGCACCUAUUUCGGACCCAUCCUGGACUACCUGCGCAGCGGGCAGCUGCCCACGCAGCACAUCUUCGAGGUGUACCGUGAAGCUCAGUUCUAUGAAAUCAAGCCUUUGGUCAAGCUCCUGGAGGACACGCCACAGAUCUUCGGUGAGCAGGUGGCUCGGAAGCAGUUCUUGCUGCGGGUGCCAGGCUACAGCGAGAACCUGGAGCUCAUGGUGCGCCUGGCGCGGGCCGAGGCUGUGGCGGCGCGCAGCUCCGGAGUGCUGGUGUGCGUGGUACCCACGGAAGAGAACGCCGCAUUUUGCGCGGAUGCCCUCCGCGUCCUGGAGGCGGACAAGAGGUCGGUCAUCAAGUUCGGGCCUUGGAAGGCGGCUCCGGACGUCAAGGACCUCCUGGACUGUGUGAAGAUGGACAUUAUGGCCCAGGGGUACCAGGUGGACUAUAAAAGCCAUAAUGAGAAGGCAUUUUCAUUUGCUCACUCCGAUUACUUCUACACAUUCCUCUUCACCUGGUGGUGAUCCCCGGGGGCAGGGGCUGUGUGUUAUGGGCUCUGUUGGGGCUUACGAAAUUAAAAGUUGCCUUGAAAAGCCA